CGGGGCGCGGCUGGACUGACUCGGGGCUGCGUGGGGCUCACCGAACCCGGGAACGCGGGUGUCGUGGGUGGGAACGCGUAGCCCUGGGGCCGCCGAGUCUGGGCGCGGGAGAUGGCGGCGCGGUGGAGCAGCGAGAACGUGGUGGUGGAGUUUCGCGACUCCCAGGCAACUGCAAUGUCUGUGGACUGUCUGGGGCAGCAUGCAGUGCUUUCCGGCCGCCGAUUCCUAUACAUCGUCAGUCUAGAUGCCCCCUUCGAAGGUCACCGAAAGAUCUCACGCCAGAGCAAGUGGGACAUCGGAGCCGUGCAGUGGAAUCCUCAUGACAGCUUCGCGCACUAUUUUGCAGCCUCGAGCAACCAACGGGUCGACCUGUAUAAGUGGAAAGACGGCAGUGGGGAAAUUGGCACGACCUUACAAGGCCACACUCGUGUCAUCAGUGACUUGGACUGGGCAGUGUUUGAGCCAGAUCUCCUGGUCACCAGCUCUGUGGACACCUACAUCUACAUUUGGGAUAUCAAAGAUACACGGAAGCCGACCGUUGCGCUGUCUGCUGUAGCGGGUGCCUCACAGGUCAAAUGGAAUAAAAAAAACGCUAAUUGCCUUGCCACCAGUCAUGACGGGGAUGUACGGAUAUGGGACAAGCGGAAACCCAGCACAGCAGUGGAGUAUCUCGCAGCCCACCUCUCCAAAAUCCACGGCCUGGACUGGCACCCAGACAGCGAGCACAUUCUUGCUACCUCCAGUCAAGACAACUCUGUCAAGUUCUGGGAUUACCGCCAGCCUCGGAAAUACCUCAAUAUUCUCCCUUGCCAGGUGCCUGUCUGGAAGGCCAGAUACACUCCUUUCAGCAAUGGAUUGGUGACCGUGAUGGUUCCCCAGCUGCGGAGGGAGAACAGCCUGCUCUUGUGGAAUGUCUUUGACUUGAACACGCCGGUCCAUACCUUCGUAGGCCAUGAUGAUGUGGUGCUGGAAUUCCAGUGGAGGAAACAGAAGGAAGGGUCCAAGGACUACCAGCUGGUUACGUGGUCACGGGAUCAGACCUUGAGAAUGUGGCGGGUGGAUUCCCAGAUGCAGAGGCUUUGUGCAAAUGACAUCUUAGAUGGUGUUGAUGAGUUCAUUGAGAGCAUUGCUCUUCUGCCGGAACCAGAGAAGACCCUUCACACUCAGGAUACGGAUCACCAGCACAACUCCAGCCACGGGGAGGAAGAAGUCUUAAAGGAAGACCCCCCAAGCAGUGUCCUGGAAGAGAAGAAAUCAGAGCAGCUGGGCCUGCCUCAGACUCUGCAGCAGGAGUUCUCCCUGAUCAACGUGCAGAUCCGCAAUGUGAACGUGGAGGUGCUCGGGCUUAGCGAACUGUCUCUCGCUUGCGGUUGGCGGUUGAUGGACGCAGCAGACAGGAGCUGCACAGUGUCUGUGCACUGCAGCAACCACCGCGUCAAGAUGCUGGUGAAGUUCCCUGCGCAGUACCCGAACCACGCGGCCCCUUCCUUCCAGUUCAUUAACCCCACCACCAUCACAUCCACUAUGAAAGCGAAGCUGCUCAAGAUCCUGAAAGACACUUCCCUGCAAAAAGUGAAACGCAACCAGAGCUGUUUGGAGCCCUGCCUGCGCCAGCUCGUCUCCUGCCUUGAGUCUUUUGUGAACCAAGAAGACAGCGCUUCCAGCAAUCCCUUUGCGCUCCCGAACUCUGUCACGCCACCCCUACCGACAUUUGCCCGGGUGACCACCGCCUAUGGGUCCUACCAGGAUGCCAAUAUUCCCUUUCCCAGGACCUCGGGGGCCAGAUUCUGCGGGGCAGGGUACCUGGUGUAUUUCACAAGGCCCAUGACGAUGCACCGAGCAGUGUCUCCGACUGAGCCUACUCCGAGAUCUCUGUCAGCUUUGUCUGCCUAUCAUACUGGCUUGAUUGCGCCCAUGAAGAUCCGCACAGAGGCCCCUGGGAACCUCCGUUUGUACAGCGGUAGCCCCACACGCAGUGAGAAGGAGCAGGUCUCCAUCAGCUCCUUCUACUACAAGGAGCGGAAAUCAAGGAGAUGGAAAAGUAAGCGUGAGGGAUCAGACUCUGGGAAUCGACCAAUCAAGGCUGCUGGGAAAGUGAUCAUUCAGGAUAUUGCCUGCCUUCUUCCUGUUCACAAGUCAUUGGGAGAACUAUACAUAUUGAAUGUGAAUGAUAUUCAAGAAACAUGUCAGAAGAAUGCCACUUCUGCCUUGCUUGUUGGAAGGAAGGAUCUCGUCCAGGUUUGGUCGCUGGCUACAGUAGCUACGGAUCUUUGCCUUGGUCCGAAGUCUGACCCAGAUUUGGAAACACCCUGGGCUCGACAUCCAUUUGGGCGACAGCUACUGGAGUCUCUGCUGGCUCAUUACUGCCGGCUCCGGGACGUGCAGACGUUGGCUAUGCUCUGCAGUGUGUUUGAAGCCCAGUCUCGGCCGCAGGGGAUACCAAACCCCUUCGGGCCUUUUCCCAGCCGCUCAUCUAACCUUGUGGUGUCCCACAGUCGAUACCCCAGCUUUACAUCCUCUGGUUCCUGCUCAAGUAUGUCCGACCCAGGAUUCAACACUGGUGGCUGGAACAUAGUGGGAAGAGAGACAGACCACAUAUGUUCACCCUGGGGAGAGUCCUCACCAGAAGAAAUCCGAUUUGGGAGUCUGACCUACAGUGAUCCUCGUGAGCGAGAGCGUGACCAGCACGAUAAAAAUAAAAGGCUUCUGGACCCCGCCAAUACCCAGCAAUUUGAUGACUUUAAGAAAUGCUACGGAGAAAUCCUCUACCGCUGGGGUCUGAGGGAGAAACGAGCUGAAGUGCUGAAGUUUGUUUCCUGUCCUCCUGAUCCUCACAAAGGAAUCGAGUUCGGCGUGUACUGCAGCCGCUGCCGGAGCGAGGUCAGGGGCACGCAGUGCGCCAUCUGCAAAGGCUUCACGUUCCAGUGCGCCAUCUGCCACGUGGCCGUGCGAGGGUCGUCCAACUUCUGCCUGACCUGCGGGCAUGGGGGACACACCAGCCACAUGAUGGAGUGGUUUCGGACCCAGGAGGUGUGUCCCACUGGGUGUGGGUGCCACUGCCUGCUUGAAAGCACUUUCUGAACUGACAGCCUGUGGGAGUUGUGGGAAAUCCCAGAGAACCCGUCAAUGCCGGUUGACAAGCUCUCUGCCGGGAGACAGGCUCCAGAACCCAGCCCUAACUAGACAGGGAUGUGUUCUCCUCAAAGACUGACACGGUGCCAGCUGUUCAUGAGCCUUUGCUUCUCUUUUGUUGGCUGUUGGUGGCAUGGAUGUCGGUGGAGGAGGACGCAGGCAAGUGGAAGUUUUCUUGGAGAAAAGCACCUGCCUCCAGAGCCGUGUUUACCUUUAAGACGACAGCAUCCUUUCUGAUGCCCUCAGAGAGAUCAAGGUUGGUUGCAAAGGACAGUCUCCUGAGCCAAAGGACAGUGGACAAAUGGGCCUGUGACAUAAGUUUAUGCAUUUAUGAACUGAUGGACAGUGGCCUUUUAAAAUAUACUUAAAUUAUAAAUACGUAAUGUUCUUAAGGACCCUUAAGAUGUAUUUUUUUGUUAUUUCUCUUCCAGCUAUUCUCCCUUGGCUAAUAAAAUUCUA